CCGCCUGCAGCGAGCAACUCAGCCCAACUCAGCCAGCCGACAUGAGGACUCACGUGCUGUACAACUCCGUGCUGGUGACGGCGUUGGUCCUGUCGCUGGUGCCGGCCAGCUGCCUGUCUCAGGAGUCCGGUCCGGUUCCAGAGUACGACCUGCACGUGGAGUUCGAGCCGGUGGAGGUCCACCACGUGGUCAAGAAGCGAGGCGUCAUUCACGACGGCGGCCAGGGCGUUGGGCUGGACGGCGCUGCGUACGGCGGUGGAUAUGGCGGCGGAUACGGCGGCGGAUACGGUGGUGGAUAUGCGGCCGGCGCGGUCCCCAUCUCGGAGCACGUGGAGGUGGAGCGGCCGCACCCCGUGCCUGUGCCCGUCCCCCACCCGGUGGCGGUGGCCGUGCCCCAGUCGUGCACUCCCAACAACUUGUUGACGGCCGGUGCAGUCCCCAUCUCGGAGCACGUGGAGGUGGAGCGGCCGGUGGCGGUGCCGGUGGUGAAGCAGGUGGAGGUGAAGGUCCCCCACCCCGUGCCCGUGGCCGUCCCCCACCCGGUGGCGGUGGCCGUGCCCCAGCCGUACCCCGUGCCCGUGGAGGUGCCGCAGCCCAUCGCAGUGCCCGUGGUGCGGACCGUGGCGAUCCCCGUGGAGAGGCCGGUGGCGGUGCCCGUGGAGCGCCCCGUGCCGGUCCCCGUGGAGCGGCCCUACCCCGUCCACAUCGAGAAGCACGUGCCGGUGCCCGUGCCCCGGCCGUACGCCGUCACCAUCCCCGUCGUCAAGCACAUCCACCACUACGUCAAGCACGGCGGCUGGCACUGAGCACACCAGGUCACUUCAAAGAGGUCCGACUGACUGACAUUCGCCACAUCUGCGCCUCUGCACCCCAUCCGUCGCACAGCCAUCUCUCAGGGAAUACUCC